GUGAAUGAUGAUUUGAAUUAAUGUUUAUGUGGUUUUUUACAUGCAUAUAAAAUAAUUCCAUUCUUAUAUAUUUAUUAAUCUUCAUAAUAAUAGUAUUUAAUUAUAUAAAAAAAAACAAUUAAUAAAAUGUAUUCGAUUUGUAAAAGCACUCAUCCUGCGACAGGAGUAGAACAUGCGAUCACAUGUUAUUUUUUUAAUCGUUCUGAAAAGUGUCUUGUUGUUGCUGGUUCUAAUAUUAUAAGAAUAUUUCGUUUAAUUCCUGAUGUGGAUACAACGAAAAGAGAAAAAUAUAUAGAGUCACGUUCUCCAAAAAUGAAGCUAGAAUGUUUAGCACAAUAUACUUUACACGGGAAUGUAAUGUCAAUGCAAGCGGUACAUUUAAUUGGAUCUCAACGGGAUUCUCUCUUGUUGAGUUUCCGUGAUGCAAAAUUGUCAGUUGUUGAAUACGAUCAAGAAACUCAUGAUCUUAGAACAGUAUCUUUGCAUUAUUUUGAAGAAGAAGAAAUACGGGAUGGUUGGACAAAUCAUCACCAUAUACCAAUUGUAAGAGUAGACCCUGAAGGUCGCUGUGCAGUGAUGUUGAUAUAUGGACGUAAAUUAGUAGUACUACCAUUCCGUAAGGAUCCAAGUCUUGAUGAUGGAGAUUUAUUAGAUACAGCUAAAUUAACUACAUCUAAUAAAACGCCUAUACUGUCGUCGUAUAUGAUUGUAUUAAAAAGUCUGGAAGAAAAAAUGGACAAUAUUAUAGAUUUGCAAUUUUUACACGGAUACUACGAACCAACUUUGCUGAUUCUUUAUGAACCAGUAAGAACAUUUUCAGGACGUAUUGCGGUAAGACAAGACACUUGUGCAAUGGUAGCAAUAUCAUUAAAUAUUCAACAAAGAGUUCAUCCUAUUAUAUGGUCUGUUUCUAAUUUACCAUUUGAUUGUUAUCAAGCAGUACCAGUGAAAAAACCUCUUGGUGGAACAUUAAUAAUGGCAGUAAAUUCUUUAAUUUAUUUGAACCAAAGUAUUCCACCAUAUGGGGUAUCUCUUAAUAGCUUAGCAGAUACAAGUACAAAUUUUCCUUUAAAACCACAAGAAGGAGUUAAAAUGAGUUUGGAAGGUGCCCAGGUUGCAUUUAUAUCUCCAGAUCGUUUGGUUAUCUCUUUAAAAAGUGGAGAACUGUAUGUACUGUCCUUGUUUGCAGAUAGUAUGCGUUCAGUACGCGGUUUUCAUUUUGAUAAAGCAGCUGCCAGUGUUUUAACAUCAUGUGUAUGCAUGUGCGAAGAUAACUAUCUUUUCCUUGGCUCGCGUCUUGGUAAUUCAUUAUUAUUAAGGUUCACUGAAAAAGAACAAGAAAAAGAACAAAAUCAGAAUGAUAAUGAUGUCAUGGUUGAAGAUAAUGAAAGCGAAGAAACUCCAGCAAAAAAAAUAAAACAAGAUUUUCUUGGUGAUUGGAUGGCAUCCGAUGUAUUAGAUAUCAAGGAUCCAGAAGAAUUAGAAGUUUAUGGAAGUGAAACGCAUACAUCUAUUCACAUAACGUCUUAUAUCUUUGAGGUAUGCGAUAGCUUGUUAAAUAUAGGACCUUGUGGAAAUAUAUCUAUGGGAGAGCCAGCAUUUUUAUCAGAUGAAUUUUCACAUAAUCAAGAUCCUGAUGUUGAAUUAGUUACAACAUCGGGAUAUGGGAAAAAUGGUGCUCUUUGUGUUCUCCAAAGAUCUAUUCGACCUCAGGUAGUAACAACAUUUGAAUUACCUGGAUGCGAGGAUAUGUGGACUGUCAUUGGUAAUCUAAAUAAUGAUAAUCAAACAAAAACUGAAUCGGAAGGUUCUCAUGCUUUUUUAAUACUAAGUCAAGAAGAUUCAACUAUGAUUCUACAAACUGGUCAAGAAAUAAACGAAGUUGAUCAAAGUGGAUUCAGCACUCAGGGAAGUACAAUUUAUGCAGGAAAUCUUGGUGCUAACAGAUACAUAGUUCAAGUUACGCAAAUGGGAAUUCGUCUUUUACAAGGAAUUGAACAGAUACAACAUAUGCCCUUGGAUCUUGGUUGUCCGAUAGUUCAUGCAAGUUGCGCAGAUCCAUAUGUAACUAUACUUUCAGAAGAUGGUCAAGUUAUGUUACUUACACUUAGAGAAGGAAGAGGUUUAGCAAGAUUGCAUGCACAAGCUGCUAAUUUACUAUUCCGUCCGCAAAUAGAAGCACUCUGCGCAUAUCGAGAUGUAAGUGGAAUAUUCACAACACAAUUAUCUGAAAAUUCGGAUGAUGAUAUACCAGAGGAAGAACAUAAUGUAGAGGAACCACCCAUUGUUAGCAAUAUUGAUAAUGAAGAUGACCUGUUAUAUGGUGAUGCACCAGCUUUUCAGAUGCCUGUACCACCUCAUACUAAAAAUACUGAUGGAACGACCAAAAAAGCAUUAUGGUGGCAAAAACAUUUACAAGAGAUUAAGCCUACGUAUUGGUUACUAGUAUAUAGAGAUAACGGAACCUUAGAAAUUUAUUCUUUGCCAGACUUACGUUUAUCCUAUCUUAUUCGUAAUUUUGGUUACGGACAAUAUGUUUUACAUGAUAGUAUGGAAUCUACAACAUUGCAAACUAAUCCUGUCAAUGAAAUUCCUAAUCCAGAAAAUCAAGUACGUGAAAUUUUGAUGGUCGCUUUAGGCCACCAUGGAAACAGACCAAUGCUUUUAGUACGCUUAGAUACUGAAUUGCAAAUUUAUCAAACUUAUAAAUAUCCCAAAGGACACUUAAAAUUGCGAUUUAGCAAAUUACAUCAUGGUAUUAUACCAGGUCAUUUAAGGCCAAAACCCAAAGAAGAAGAUAUGCCCAAUAUGAAUCAAGCAAAAAUUUCUAUGAUGCGAUACUUUAGCAAUAUUGCUGGAUAUAACGGAGUAUUCAUUUGCGGUGAUUAUGCACAUUGGAUAUUUCUUACUGGACGUGGUGAAUUACGAACACAUCCAAUGAGCAUAGAUGGUCCUGUUACUUCUUUUGCACCAUUUAAUAACAUCAACUGCCUUCAAGGUUUUUUAUAUUUCAAUAGAAAGGAAGAAUUAAGGAUAUGCGUUCUACCGACACAUUUAUCAUACGAUGCACCGUGGCCUGUUAGAAAAGUACCUUUGCGAUGUACUCCACACUUUGUGACAUAUCAUCUCGAGAGUAAAACUUAUUGUGUUAUAACGAGUACAGCAGAACCACUUAAAAGUUAUUACAGAUUUAAUGGCGAAGAUAAGGAAUUCACAGAGGAAGAAAGACCUGAUAGAUUUCUUUUCCCGUCACAAGAAUUAUUUAGUAUUGUUUUAUUUUCUCCAGUUUCUUGGGAAACUAUACCAAAUACUAAAAUUGAAUUAGAUCAAUGGGAACACGUGACAUGUUUAAAAAAUGUGUCUUUAGCGUACGAGGGAACAAGAUCUGGAUUAAAGGGUUACAUCGUAUUAGGAACAAACUACAAUUAUGGUGAAGAUAUUACGAGUAGAGGACGUAUUCUUAUAUUUGACAUUAUAGAAGUAGUACCAGAACCCGGACAGCCAUUAACAAAAAAUAGGUUUAAACAGAUUUAUGCAAAGGAACAGAAAGGUCCUAUAACUGCUAUUACUCAAGUAUCAGGAUUUCUAGUUUCGGCAGUGGGACAAAAGAUCUACAUUUGGCAAUUAAAAGAUAACGAUCUUGUAGGCGUAGCUUUUAUAGAUACUCAAAUUUAUAUACAUCAAAUGUUGAGUAUUAAAAGUUUAAUUUUAGUCGCUGAUGUGUACAAAUCAAUUAGUUUGUUAAGAUUUCAAGAAGAAUAUAGAACACUUUCCCUUGUUAGUAGAGAUUUUCGUCCAGCAGAAGUCUAUACGAUAGAAUAUUUAAUUGAUAAUAACAAUUUAGGUUUUAUAGUAGCUGAUGGAGAAAGUAAUUUAGCUCUGUUUAUGUAUCAACCAGAGUCAAGGGAAAGUCUUGGUGGACAAAAAUUGAUUAGAAAAGCUGACUUCCAUUUGGGACAAAAAGUAAAUACAUUCUUUCGAAUUAAAUGUAGAGUUACUGAUCCUGCGAAUGAAAAGAAAUAUUUUUCUGGAGCAGAUAAAAGGCACGUUACCAUGUACGCAUCCCUGGAUGGUAGUCUUGGUUAUAUUCUUCCAGUUCCAGAAAAAACAUAUCGUAGAUUACUUAUGCUUCAAAAUGUGUUGGUCACACACAUAUGUCAUAUCGCGGGUCUAAAUCCUAAAGCAUAUCGAACAUAUAAAAGUUAUAUAAGAACGCAAGGUAAUCCAGCCAGAGGUAUCAUUGACGGAGAUUUGGUUUGGAGUUAUCUCAAUUUACCUAAUAAUGAAAAAAUGGAUGUAGCCAAAAAAAUUGGAACGCGAGUUCAAGAAAUAAUAGAAGAUAUUACAGAAAUUGAUCGCCAAACAGCACAUUUUUAAAAAAUAAUAACCGUUUUA